UCCGAAGCCUCACUCUCGAACUUGUCAUGCUAGCAUGGCUUGUGUCCUUUUCUUCAUGUCAUAAUCAUUGUAAUAGACCAUCCAUUCAUUCCGUUCACAAGGUGUUCGAGGACUCGGUCGCAUUGUCUUUUACGCGGACUGAAUCGCAACAUCAGCAUAUUUUCCAACUUCGACAACACAAUUUCACCCACAACUCGUUGGUCACGCUUCAUCAUUCCCUGUCAAACCCCACGAGGAAACCCUCAAAGGUUUUCAAGUGAUCAUUCCGUGAGCCAGUGUUUUCAGAGUAACACCAGACAUCAAAGCAGUCAGGGCCCAGACUAACGUGGCACUGAGUGCCGGGAAGUUGCUACAUCAAGUAGCGCCUGGCGAAACGGUCAUGUCUAUCUCAUCUUGGUUCUUUCCCUCUAGCAAAAGCUCAAAGUCAACUCCGAUCAAACGGGAUGCACCAUCUGAUCAGGCAGCAGCACGACCGUCGACCGAUGAUAGUUUGGAUUUCGAGACUAUCGCCGAAGAGGUCGAAACGCUUCAACGCGAACUAGCUUAUACUCGUGACUUGUGCGAGAAAGCAAAUUCACAAUUCGAGAAAUACCGUGUUGACAUCUCGUAUCUCAAAUCGGACCUGGCCACUGAGCGAUCUUCAAAUGUGAUUCUGAAAGAACUACUGACGCACGAGAGAAAUAAUGGUCAUGCCCUCAAAGCUCAGAUGAACGCGCAAAUACAGGAGUUGAAGAGACAGAGAUUGUUGAUGAUUCAAAUGCAAGCGAGAAUUGACAGUGACGCUGCUUCAUUGUCACUCAUCACACGACAUGCUAAAGCCCUGGAGACGAGAUAUGCUGAAACCCAGUUUGACCUCGAAUAUUUACAGUGCGUUACGGAUGCAGAAAGGUUGGGGCAAUCGCCAACAGUUCAAAACACCGAUUCUCCCCUCCCCGCACAACCGUUUGUCGUUGUUUUGAUUGAUGGGGAUGCUUACAUGUGGUCGCAUGAUAUUUUCCACAACGACAAUCGUAUCAUCGGAGGAGCUCGGGUCGAACCAGGCGGCCUUGCGGCAACACGUAUCAAGAAUGAGGUCACCAAGUAUAUCAUGGAGCAGGAUUCAAACAUUCCUGCAACGGCCAAGAUCAUAACGAGAGUGUUUUGUAAUUUUGGCACGGCAGAAGGUCGAAUGAUAAGACGACAGAAGGCUAGGGGAACUGCUGUCGGUUUGAGAGAUUUCGCCGUCCAGUUCACGGAAAGACUGCCGUUAUUUGACUUUUUCGACUCCGGUCGGGGCAAAGAACGGGCAGACGACAAGAUCAGAGAAAACUUCCAUCUCUUCUUGUCCACUCCGAACUGUCACGCCAUUUUCAUCGCAGCGUGUACCGACAACGGCUUCGUCAGGAUGUUGGAACAAUACGCCGAUCAUCCUUUCGCCAGACAAAAGAUUGUUCUGGUUUCUCCUGGUUACAUUGCGUCCGAAUUCCAGAAAUACAACUUCAAAUCGGUGACGUGGCCGAGCGUGUUCAGUGUCGCGACUAUGCCACAACAAAUGGCAAUGAAGCUCGGUUUGGCGGUUCGAAGGGAGAUGGUUCAGAAAAUACGUGCACACCGAGCCUUUUCUGUGAGUGCCCUCCAGGCCGAACCGGAACUCGACUAUCGAGACUUACUGCUUGCCAUGUUGCCGAGACGGAACAUCAACGAGGCCAUGGGUAAAGCUCCUCAGGGUGUUGGGUUGAGGAUGAAGGAAAAGUACACAUUUGAGUGGAGGAUCCACGAAAGUCCUGUCAAUGGCAUGCUGAACGACGAUGUUGACUGAAUGGGGUUAUCUUGGGAUGCAACAGUAAACAGAUAGAAGGAUGGCUCACAGCCACUACUCUCAGGUACUGCGAUGACUAUUUGAUGAUUGACGAAACAGACGAAAAGGAGUAUUGAUGGAAUGAAUUCAUGCAUAUGGUGGGAGAUCUCAUCAACAUUUGAUAUUGACGCCUGCGAUAAAGGAUCGUGAUAAAUAGAAUAAGAUUCGGG